CGAAAUCGAACAUCGUAUUAACAAGAUCGACGGUUUAUCUAACUUCGUAUAAUACACGCUCCUGAGUCGACAAGGGGACUAUUUAUGAUCGAUUUAGUAUUUUAAAGUUUCCGGUUCCAGAUAUUAACGACCCUCCGAAAGAGGAAAGAGCAUUAUUCAUCAUUUAAAAUUAUCUUUGAACUCUCUCUCAGCGAUCUAUGCCUGAAGAGGAAGUUGACAACAAGAAGCCAUUGUCUGAGCUUAGCAGUUUCCAUCACAUGAUCAGUAGUAAAAAUCUGUUGAAAAUGGAAGCAGUUGAAGUGAGCAAGAAGAGGAAGUUUCAGACGGAUCAAUCAGAGUUAUCAUUAUUACCUUUGUCCAAGCAUGCUUGUUUUGACAAUGCUGCUUGUUCCGACAAUACCAAUGCCAGAUCAGAGCUUGAUUCAGAGUGUUCAGUGUCAUGUCUGAACUCAACUUCUCUGGAAUGUGAAAACGAGAUUGAGAUGAAAGAGGAAUCAUCUGGAUCGUGCGGUGAAAACAAGAUGAUCUCAUUUGAAAGCCAUCUUGAUUUCAUCUAUGGCAGCCAAAACCUAGAGGAUUUUUCAGACAAAGACAUUGAAAACAUUUUCUACAUUGAUGACGAAGAAGAACAAGACGAAGCUAAUGGGUGUAGUAUUGAUGCUAAGUAUGUUCUGUCUUCUGGGAGAUGGACUGUUGACCAAGAUUCUCCUCAACAUGCCAUAAAUAAGCCCACGAUUGAUCAAGAGUUCGAGCAAUACUUCUCAACGCUAAUGCUGUGACGAAAUGUUGUUAGACUCAAAACAUAUAUGGAGAUGUAUAUAGAGAGCGGCAUUGAUUGUGUACUCUCGUAACGUUUUUAUUCUUGUGAACAAUAAAACCUUAAUCUCAAAGUGUGAUUAGAGAAGUUUGUUUAAAA